AGCUUCCAUACUAAGACCGUUCUGUCGGAGCCAGAUCGCCCUCCAAUCAUCCGCUCCCCCAGUUUCUGUCUUAUGCAUGCGGCCCGAAGUACACAAGCCCGUUUCAAACGCUCAGCGCAUACUAGUCGAUCACCUGGUCACAUACAAGCGCCUCUUCAUUACAUGCCCAUGUAUUUGAGACAAGCACUAUAGAUGUAUACAAUACCGUUCUCCGAGGAAAGAUGAAUAUAAGUUGUCUUUACUCCGCUCCGUCUCUUACCCUCCACCCUGCAAUUUUCUUGAUCCCUUGCCCAUCAUGAAAGCCUCUCUCUUCGCCCUUACGUCCCUCGCGACCUUCGCAGUGUCUUCCCCCACUCCCCGGGCGAACAAAGUCCAAUAUGCAGGCGUCAACAUCGCAGGCUUCGAUUUUGGCUGCACAAUCGACGGUACCUGCUCCCUGACCGGCACCAACAAGCCCUAUGACAUCGUCUCAGGCGCCAAUGCCGUCGGACAGAUGAACCACUUUGUCAAGGAUGAUUCCCUGAACGCUUUCCGCCUCCCAGUCGGCUGGCAGUUCCUCGUCAACGGGCAGCUCGGCGGACAGCUCAACUCCAACAAUGCCGGCCAAUACGACCGUCUCGUGCAGGGCUGCCUCAACUCCGGCGCCGCCCUAUGUAUCCUUGACAUCCACAACUACGCCCGCUGGAACGGCCAAAUCGUGGGCCAAGGCGGUCCCUCCAACGCCCAGCUCGCCGACGUGUGGAAGCAGCUCGCCACAAAGUACGGCAAGCAGUCCAAGAUCGCCUUCGGCGUCAUGAACGAGCCACACGACAUCCCGGACAUCAAAGCCUGGGCCGCCACCGUACAAGCCGUCGUCACCGCGAUCCGUAACGCAGGCGCCUCAAACAACCUCAUCCUCCUCCCCGGAAACGGAUUCACCUCUGCAGAAUCGUUCGUUUCGUCCGGCAGCGCGGCUGCCCUAGCUGCCGUCACCAACCCGGAUGGCUCAAUCAACAAUCUGAUCAUGGACGUGCACAAGUAUCUCGACAGCGACAACUCGGGAACCCACACCGAGUGCGUGAAAGACAACAUCAGCAACGCGUUCCAGCCGCUCGCAGACUGGCUGAGGAGCAACAAGCGACAGGCGAUUCUAACGGAGACGGGCGGCGGCAACACGCAAAGCUGCCAGCAGUAUCUUUGCAGCCAGCUCAAGUACCUGAACCAAAACGCCGAUGUGUACAUUGGGUACACUGGAUGGGCGGCAGGCGGGUUCGCGAGCAGCUACGAGUUGAAUGAGACGCCGACGCAGAACGGGAACAGCUGGAGCGACACAAGUCUUGUGAAGAGCUGCAUUGUGGGUGUGUGGAAGGGGCAGUGAGUUGCAAUUGUCCAGCAAGGAUUGGCAUACCCAUUCAGUGCCUACUUUCACCUGUAUAUACAUUAUUAGUUGUCCAC